AUAUAUGUAUGUAUGUAUAUGUAUAUGUCCAACAAACUGUGAAUUGGGCCACUUUCUUACCCGAAAUCAAGCCCAAUAUUGUAUUGGGCAUUAAAACGGGGCCAUGAAAGUUGAAACACGGCCCAUUUGAUUCAAUCAGAAUCCGUUGCCGCCCUUCUCUAGUUUUGAACUUUCAAAUUUUCAUUCGUUCUCGCUCCCGUUUCCACGACAUCUAGAUUUGCAGAAAGAUCAGCGUUAAUUCAACUCAAACUUUCUACGUUUCUUGCAAUUAAUGGAUCCUAAACUCACCCAGAUUCCAGCGAAACCCGUUUUCUCUAAACCUAAAGUCACCCGAAAGCCAUCCUCUGAAGCACCCCAAAUCACCGCCCAUCAACCUUCGAUUCCCAGGCAGAAACGAGUUUUUGGAACUGUUAGGAGCUCAAACAUACCGAUUAAACCAGUAGUAAAUGAAAAGCCCUUAACUAAGCCCUUAAUUGGGGCUGUUAAGAAACAACCCAAGUCCCGAUCAGCUCAAAUAUCGGUCAAUGCUGUUGCUGAUCAGAAGGUUAAUGAGAAAUUGAAUCCGAGGCCGAAUAAGAAGAGCCCUAGCAUCAAACAGCAAGUUACGGAAACGGCUCUUAAGGAUCUGCGUGUUGGGAACGACGUCGUAGAGCCUCAGACGCCGAUGGCAAGGCCUCGUUUGUUGAAAUUGAAGAACGCUGGCACGCCUUACCAUACGGCGGAGAAAUGUAGUAAUUGCCGUUUUGACAAGAUGGAGACCUCGUCGUAUUGGGUUGCUCAGAUCAAAUUGGCUGAGUCCGUUGGGAAGCAUUUUGUGUCUGCUGAUUUCUUUCGCCUUGCAUAUGUUUGCAAUGCCGAGCCAAUCAGGAACCUCAAAGUCGAACUUAAGCGUUACUUGACUCGGCAUGAACAUCUAUCUAUGAACACUGAGUGGAAAGAUGUGAGUCUUAGCUAUGGCUUCAUUCAAAAUGACAGCAAUGGAGCCUCCCCUCAGAAUCCGUCCACUGAAAUUUGUGGCAGUGAAAUCAACAAAGAUCAUGAAACUGGGACAAUCGAAUCUGGGACACCAAAAAUCAGUAGCAGUAAACUUGUUAAAGAUGAGAUUGUGGGAACCAAUGUUGGCGAGCUGGGAACCGAGACAAACCAAAGAUGGCCAAAUUCUUUGUCUAUGGAACAACCGGGACAGAUCCAUCAAAGUUGACUGCUGAAUUUUGAUUUUGUAGCCUUGGUUUAUAGCCAUUACUGUGUUUGUGUUGUAUAUUGAAAUGUAUUGUCCUUUUGUUCUUUGGCAUUGCCUUUGGCCCUUUUUCACUUUCUAUUUCUUAGACUAUGCCAAUGACUUAAAUAUUGGUUAAUGUUCUUCAAAUUAUAUAUAAUAUAUGUUAUACGGAUUUGUGUUCUGCUUAGUAUGACAAAUGUUUGUAUGUUUUAUCAGUUCAACCAUGGUACUUUGAACAUAACUUUUAGAAUGGUAAUUGAUAUCUUAUCUAUUAAACUACAUAAUAUGUUUUGAUACGGUUGUGUCAAUCAAAUUAAUGGUUCUUUUUUAGAUCAAUCAUUUGUGGGAUGAAAAUUCAAACCUCCAACUUUUUGGUUGAAGUUAUAAUAUUUUAACCAGUCAAAUUAUUGUUUAAGUUGACUCGAAUUCAUGAACAUUUUCAUAUCUUUAGUAGUUCUUUCAUUGUCAAAGAAAUUAUCAUUUUAACUUUAUAUGCAAGAUUUUAAAACUUAACAUAUCAUACUUGUUCUUAAUCUAAGUCAAAUAUUAUAUCUUUAUCACUCAUAAAUUGAAAAAUUGUGCCUCUUUCCCAUGCCCUAUUGUUAUUGUUAGUAUAAUAUCUUUUCUCAAUGAAAGUUCACAAUAAGAUUAAUAAUCUCAUCUCUUUGAUGGAUUUAACUUACUCCAUAAGUAAAAAUUAAAACAUCUAUUCAAAUCGAACAUAGUCGAUAUAUGUUGAUUUGGUUUGGAUUUAUAGAACUAAUCAAUUUUUGUUCAACUCUCAAUUGUUCAUUGUUAGGUAGUGUAAUGGGGGUGGGGGUAAAAAUCAAAGAUAAGGCCAAGUUUGUUUGAAUAUAGUAGGGCUAUGUUCCUCAAUCAACAUCAUUAUGAAGCAAACUUGGUCCCAUGAGAAAAAAUAUAUAUAAAUAUAUAUUAAAAGGACAUUUUAGUUGUUCACAUCACAUAAUUGUCCUUUAAAUUGGUCCCCAUUUCUCACAUAAAUCACAAGGGUUUAUGUGCAUACAAAACACUCCCCAAUUAAUUUGGUUGAUUCAAUAGCAUGUCCCCUACCCUCCACACCACCUCAUUUAUUGACUAAAUUGGCCCCUCUUUUUUUUCCCUAUCCUUCCCUAAACAUUCUUGUUUUAUGUUUUUUUUCCCUUUCCCCCUUUCAAGUAUAUCAACCAUACCUGACUAUUUCUAUCUCGUUCGGUAGAUAUGGUACAUAUUACUUUUUCUAAGAUCAAACGUUUAAUCUCUCAUCCCUAAAUUUUGUUGACGUACACAUUACAUUCUCUAUUAUCAUUGAUUUACAAAUGUAUAUAGUAAGUGACAAGAUUCACAACUAUCAUCAGUAAAAAGUUUGACAUCAUCCUAAACAUAGCUUAAUUGAUUAAAACAUUAUUUCCUCAAUCAAAAGGUCAAAUCUUCAAAUUUAUACACCCACACAUGAUUGAACUCAAAAAAGAAGGAAAAAAAUUAAGGUUGGAUCUCUUUACCUUUUUAUAAACCUUUCUAUACUACAUUUUCUUCAACCCAAAAACAGCUUGUCCGAUCCUUUAACUCCAAUAAUGUUUCGAAAGCAAUCAUAUUCUUUUGAAGGAGAAAUUCCUUAGAAUGUAAGACGAAAAUGAAGACAUGAAAUGGUGUGAUUGUGACCUUGAACAAAAUUGAAACUCAAAUGCUAACACCGUUAUACCAUUUCAAGUCAUCACUACAUCCGUUCUUAGUCUCAAUUUGUAAUUUAGCCUAUUUUGUCUAAACUAUGUUAGAUUUGUAGUUAGGUAUAAAAUAUAGAAAAACGAUUACUUGAAAGUUAAUGAAAUGAAAGGUAGGAAAAUAGGAAAGUGGGAAGGAAAGGCCAAAGGACACAUUGAUAUUGGGCCAUAGGAUGGGUUACAGAUAUUCGACAUGAACCAUAAUGUUUAACAACGAAAUAUGAGACUAAGAGACCAAUUUAUCCAACAAAACAUGUCUUCCCAUUUUGUCCCAAAUGUUUUCAGCAUCUUACAUUCAUUACAUCAUUUCAAAGUCCAAAAUCAGACAACCAAAGAGCCCACUAGGCCCAUUUCAUUUCCUUUCAUUUCCCUUUCUUCAUAUAUAUAUAAUGUAAUAUAUAUGUCUUCUCAAAGGAGAAAAAAGAAACAUCUUUAAGAUUCUGUUUUGUUUGGUUUUGUUUGGUUUUGUUGCUUUUUGAUGGAAUAAUUGAGUUUUAUUUCUGUUUCUUUCUGACUUUACAACUUUAAUCAAUCAAAACUUUACCACUUACGGCUGUUGUUAUUAUUUUAAACCUUAUUUUAAUUUCAAUCAUUUGCAUAUGGUUGAAAAUUUCAAAUUGAAAUUUCUAUAUAUAAGUUACUCUUUCUCAUUAUCGAUUUUUAAUAUGAUAUCAUAACAUAGUUAUCUCAAAAAAUUCAACCAAUUGCAAAUAUAACAAUGAAGUCUAAAGUAUUAACAUAUACAACACAAUGUAAAAGAAUUUACAGAUAUAACAAAUUUUAGAUUCAACUCUCGGAGUUCAUUAAUGAUAGACUAUAACGUUGAUAAUCACUGAUAGGAGUCUAUCAUCGAUAGAUUUUACUAUAUUUGCAAUUCUGUAGAAAUAUUUUUAUGCACAUAAUUAUUAGUCUUAAAAGUGCUACAAUCACCCUAAAAAUGAAGAUCCGGUCCAAAAAUGGUGAAUUCAAAGAAACACUCUAUCUUAAAAUGAUACGUUAAAGAUCAUAUUGAAAGAAUAUGACCUCGGUUGGUAACUAUUUGUUUUUUAUUUUCAGUUUUUAAAAAAUUGAGCCUAAAAACACCCAUGCAACCUCUAAAUUUAUUGUUUUGUUACAAUGUUUUUUUAUUUUUUUAAAAAAGAAAAAGAAAAAAAAACCUUUUUAAAACUUUUUAAAUUUUGUUUUUA